AUGGGAUGCUCAAUAUAAAAGGGAAAAUGUAAGCAUAGAGAUACUUUUGAUUAAAUAGAAUAAUUGAUUAAAUCAGAGUGUUUAGGUAAUGAAUAGAGAUUUAUGAUAAACAAAAAUCCUAUAGUAAAAAGAAGAAUAUUUAGUAAGGAAUAAAAAAAUUUUUAAGAAUCAUUACAAAUAUGA